AUGUCAUCAAAUUACAGCAGUAGAUGGACUACACAGCGGGGGACCCGGCCAGUGAGGGUAGCGAACUGCUCAGGAUACAAAGGCGAUCCAGGGUACCAUAUGCGCUACCAAGCAGAACUGGGAGAUACAGAUUUUAUCACGGGCGACUAUCUUGCCGAGGUCAACAUUGCGGAAAACGCCCAGGCACAUGCAGAGGGCAAGCAUCCUGGUUGGGAAAAGACAGCUUGGGAUGGGCUUGAGCAAACCAUCGAUUUACUGAAUGAGAAGAGAAUCAAGGUCGUUGUUAACGGCGGUGCGCAUAACCCCAAGGGUCUAGCGGAGAAGGUACAAAAACUCGUCGCGAGUAAAGGCUACGACUUGAUGGUGGCGUAUGUGUCAGGUGAUAACUUGAUCAAUGAGAUGAAGGACGUCAAAGAGAAAGGUUUACCACCACACCUGGAUUCUGACAACAGCGAGGUGACGGUCGCUGACCAUGUACUUGAUAUUCUGAAGGGUGACAAGCCGAUCGUCAGCGCGAACGUCUACCUCGGAGCUCGCGAAAUCGUGAAAGGCCUUGAAGAAGGCGCAGACAUCAUCAUCGCCGGUCGUGUCGCAGACGCCAGUCCAGUGAUCGGCGCUGCAUGGUAUUGGUACUCGUGGAACGACACCGACUUCGAUGCGCUUGCUGGAGCGCUUAUUGCGGGUCAUCUUAUCGAAUGCAGUGGUUAUGUGACGGGCUCGAACUUUGCGGGUUUUUAUGAGUAUCCUUUGGACGAGCUCUACGAUCUCACUUUCGGUAUUGCGGAGAUCGAGAAGGAUGGUACUUGUGUGAUUACGAAACAUGAAGCUAGGAAGGGUUUUGUUACUGAGGAUACUGUCAAAUGUCAGUUUCUAUACGAGUUGCAGGGGAACGUAUACCUGAAUAGCGACGUCAAGGCGAUCCUGGACAAGGUGCAGGUCAAGGCUGAGGACAGAAACAGAGUCCGCGUGUGGGGCAUCAAAGGUGGACCGCCUCCACCUACUACCAAACUCGCCAUCUUCUAUCAAGCAGGGUACCAGUCUGAGAUUGUCGUCAAUGCAACAGGAUAUGCAACCACUGAGAAGUUCAACCUCUGGGAACGUAUAAUCAAAUUCGGUCUCAAACAGAAGGGCAUACUGAACAGUUUCGACAUCUUGGAAUUUCAGCGCAUAGGCGUACCAGACACCGACCCGAAGAGUCAGCUUCGGAGUACAUCAUACUGUCGAAUCUUUGCCGAGACGAGCGAUCCGAAUGUGAACCUGGGCCUAGCGAGCUUGCUGGCUGACUUUGCAAUGCAACAUUACUCGGGAUUUCAUAGUACGAUGGACCAUCGCACAGCGAUACCGAAACCGUACCUGUCCUUCUACCCGGCGGUUUGGCCGCAAAACAAGCUCAAAACCGCAAUCAACAUGCUCGAAUCUGGCGGGACGAGGGUAGUGACGACCACGCCGCCACCAAAGUUUGAGGAAAUCGGGAAACGGCAGAGUUACGAGGCUCUGAAUCCAGUAGGCUUUCAGUCUUUUGGUCCAACAACGCGCGCACGAUUGGGAGACGUAGUGCUCGCCCGAUCGGGCGACAAAGGCGGUAACGCAAAUAUUGGCUUCUUCGUGCCCACCAACCUACCAUCAUCCUAUUCACAUGGAUCACCUCUCUAUGCUGAAACCUGGGAUUGGCUCCGCAGCUUUCUUACCAUCCCCAAACUCAAAGAAAUGUUUAGAGAAAGUUGGAGCGACAGCUUCUUCGUAGAAAGAGUGGAGUUCGAGGCUAUCAUGGCAGUACAUUUUGUGGUCUAUGGAGUCUUGGGUAGGGGCGUCAGCGGGAGCAGUAGGUUGGAUGCUUUCGCGAAGGGCAUGGGCGACUGGCUGAGAGAUGUCGAAGUCGAGGUUCCGGUGAAGUUCUUGGAGGGACGGGUUAAGGGAAAGGCUGUGGCUGGAAGGUAUGCGGCCGAGUACUCAGUUUCCAUCAUGUUCAAAAAGUUGAAAGACAAGAUCAAGGGUGAUGACAGUUCCACAAGACCUUCAUAUGGGACUGAUGACCACAACCAGAACUCGAAUAACCCUUAUUACAACUCGCCCCAAGAACAACAACACAACGUAGCGCCAACGGAAAAGUACCAAGCCCCUCCUGGCCCGCCACCAAACCAGGCUUCAUCAUCGUCCAAGUCUGAGUACUCUGCACCUCCAGGACCCCCACCACACCACAGAUCUUCGUCGUAUACUGCUCCUCCCGGACCUCCGCCUGAACGCGAGUCCUCAGGCUACGCAUCUCCAGCGGGACCGCCUCCUUCGUACCCGCAGCAACCGCCUCCUAGUUGGGAUCCUCCGCCAUACCACGAUUGGACCGUCAUCCCUGACACUUCACUUUUGCCUCCGCCACCGUCGAUGGGCUACGAUAGUUCCCCUACUGCCAACGCGUCUACCGAGGAAGGUGAUCGUGCCUUGGCUUGGACGAACAUGAACCCUUUAUGGCCACCACAAAAUCUCCAGCCCAGCACUCAUGCUGCGAUCCAGAACGGUCAGCUCGCUUUGUUGAAGGCGCCAUCUUAUCUCGGUGAUCUACUUCCUCAACCUCAAGCUGGGCAUUGGCGGUGUCGCACUCAUGCCAAGUGCAGAGACUCAAGCGUCCUCACGAAUCUACCCAUGUAUAGCGUGUUCUGGGACUCACCACUCAGCACGCAGCGCUCCAAAACUAUCUAUUUCGAGCUAAAAGUUAUUGGCAUAGGUCGUGGUGGUAUCUCGUUCUCGGAAGCAGACGCUGGCAUUGCCAUAGGCUUUGUCGCACCACCGUAUCCCACCUUUCGUCUCCCAGGUUGGGAGCGUGCCAGUCUUGGUGUGCAUGGUGAUGACGGGAGGAAGUAUGUCAACGAUGCUUGGGGCGGCAUCGACUUCACCUCAGCUUUCAAGCCUGGUAAUACUGUCGGUAUCGGGAUAACCUUCUCAGUUCCCCGGAACCCACCCUCAUAUGAAGAGUCGCAGCAGGGAAGGAUGUUGGAUAUUGAUGUUUUCUUCACGCGCAAUGGAGUGAAGGAAGGCGGCUGGGAUGGCAACGAGGAGCUCGACGUGAGGAGCGAGGGAGGCAACACUGGACUGAGAGGAGAGUGUGAUCUCUUCCCGGCAAUCGACUUCGGCUAUCCUCUCAUGCUGGAAGAUCACAUUCUUAUCUCCCCUCCGCCCACCGACAUCCCAGAUCUCUGCGCUACCUGUCAUGCGUCCGGUGCGAAGAACAAGUGCAGUAAGUGCAAGAGCAUCCGCUAUUGCUCACCAACCUGUCAAAAGCAUGAUUGGGAUACCAAUCACAAGCUCGUCUGCAAGUCGUAUGUCAACGCUACCCAGAAACCCAUACACGAAUCCCUGCGACGUGUCCUAUACUUCCCCGAAAAGUUUCACAAACCUCUCUUCUCCGUCCUCGCGUUCGACGAGAAAGCAACCACAGCAGAGAUAUACCAAGGCAGAACUAAGGGAUAUUUUGAGCAACUCUGUCGUAUCUGGUUGAGGAUCGACAUCAGCUAG